AGAUUCAUACUAGUCUAUUCAUUCAGCCAGAGUGACCAAGUUACUCAGGGCUUUACUGUUUCAGAGGAGCAGUUCCUUAUGAGCAGACACCAUGCAGUUCUCUCUGUGCAGGUUGCGUACCCACCAGUGGUGUUUCCUGCUCUUCAAUGUGCUUCUGUUCCAUGCCCUGUUGUUUGGGGCUGACUUUGUAGAGGAGUACAUUCUCCAGCCCACCCCAGGGGUAUACACAGAUGGAACAGUCCUGGACGUGAGGGAGAGGGCCCGUAAACUAGACCUGAGUGGGACCAGGGGAAACGAGUCCCAGUAUUACCCCAUUACAAAUCCAAAUGCCUGCCUGAACAGUGACCUCUUCCUCCUCACCAUCGUCUUCAGUUCCCCAAGCAAUCACACCCAGAGGAAUGCGGUAAGGGCGACUUGGGCCAACCAAACACGGGUCCAGAGUUUCGCCGUGAGAACACUCUUCUUCCUGGGAUUGUCUCCCUCCACCGCCACCCAGGAGACUGUUAUGACGGAGUCCGGUCGCCAUGGCGACAUGGUCCAAGGAUACGUGAAUGACUCCCCUCAUGGUCAGGCCGAGAGGGAGGUGUUGGCGUUACGGUGGGUGGUGGCUUUCUGCCCAGUAGCCAGGUUCGUCCUGAUCACAGAGGACUCUGUGUUUGUCAACCUCCCUGCAUUAGGGGGUUACCUACUGGGGCUAAGAAGGCACCCUGAGGACCUCUACUUGGGGAGGGUGAUGCACAAAGACACCCCCGACCGAGACCCCUCCAGUCCCAGCUACUUAUCUCCAGCCCUCUAUCCAGACAGGUAUCUCCCAGACUACUGUGCCAGAACUGCCUCUGUCCUCUCCCAGGAUGUGGUCAGGAAGGUGUAUGUGGCGUCAGCUGGGGUCCGUGCCGCCCUUCCAGCUGAUGUGUUUGUGGGCCUGUGUGCCUGGAAGGCCGGGGUGGUACCCACCCACAGUGCACGCUUCUCAGGGGAGAAACACAUUCAUUAUAAUGACUGCUGUUAUCGCUACCUGUUCAACACCCCAGGGAUGGGGAGUGAGGAGCUUGGGACAGUGUGGGCAGAUCUGGGCCAGGAGGAUGGAGGAUGUUCCUUUCUAGAGACCUACUAUGGCCUGGUGGCUUGCAAGGCUCUCACUUACCUGGACAAACUGUCCUUCUUCAACUCAGAAGGACAGGAAGACUGAAACCAAAUCCACAUACACAUGAUUAUCAGAUGGUAUUAUGAGUGUAGUGAAAUGCUUAUGCUUCUAGAUCUGACAGUGCAGCAGUAUCUAACGGGUAAUAUCUAACAAUUCCACAACUAAACCUAAUAUCUAACCAAUUCCACAACAAAACCUAAUACACACAAUCUAGUAAAGGAAUGGGAUAAGUAUAUAUAAAUAUUAAAUGAGGAACGCUUCUCUCUACCUAAAGCCUGCCUUGGUUAAGAGACAAUGGAUGAGCAGUGAGAGCGGCUAAGAUGCAAUAGAUACUGUAUCCUACACUAUAUACAUAUAAGUGUGUCUGUACCUGUGUGUGUGUGUGUGUAAGUUUGAAUAUGAGUCUCAGUAUUGCAUUUCAGUUUUUAUUUCAGGAAACAAUUCUCUACUUUAUUUGAUCAUGUAAAUAAGAAGCGGAUUAAAUAUUAAUUGAA